AUGGAUGCCGCAGCUGGUGAUGGCGCAUACGUGUUGCGCGACUUGAUGCGCAAUGCACCACUAUCGCCCGACGGAGAAGAAGAGCACGAUGUCUACAUAACUUGCGUCGAUGCCUGGGACGGCAACUUGUACAUUGGCACAUCGGCAGGAGAAAUCCUCCAUUUCGUCUCGAUUCCUUCCCCCGACUCGGAUCAGCCUACCUACAUCCUCGCUUCUCGCAUACAACCCGAACACUCCAACAAAUACAAUGACUCUCUACCACUCGUUGAGCAGAUCCUGCUGCUACCAUCUGUCGGAAAGGCAUGCGUCUUGUGCCAUGGGACUCUGACCUUCUACACACUACCUGAACUCAGUCCGGCUUUCGGAGGCAAGAUCAAGCAAAGCGAUUGCACAUGGGUCGGAGGGCUGGACCGCGAUUUGGAUGGAAAAGAUCUGGAUCCUGCUGAUGGCUGUAUCAUUGUCAUUUGCUUGAGGCAGAAGCUGCGAGUUAUUCGUAUCAUGGAACAGGGUUCUCCUCGCAAAAUCAGAGACAUUGAGCUUGGAAACUGUCUGGACAUACAGCGAAGAGCAGACCUCGCUUGUGUCGCCGACGGCACAUCUUAUGCCUUGCUGGACAUCGUCAAUCAACGCAAGAUCGAUCUCUUUCCCAUCUCGUCUUUCUCCGACUUGGCUUCUGGUCACAGGAUAGCCAGCGUGGGAGGUGCGCCACAGACUCCUGGUCGACAGACCCCAGACCGUCUCCAUCCCAACGACUCUCCUUUGCCAUGGCCGCAUCGUGCUGCUUCUCGUCAGGCUCUUUCUCCCAGCCCAACGAGGCCGCUUGCUAGUCCAUCGCUGGACACUGACGGCAAGAUCCUUCCUCCCACUCCUCAAGUCGAACAGCCGCCACUUCCACCUUCAGUGUUACACUCCUCGCUGAAGCCUCACAUCUCUACCCCCACACCGAACGAAUUUCUGUUGACCACUGGCACUUCUCCUGAUGAUCCUGCUGUGGGUAUGUUUGUCAACCUCGAUGGUGACGUGGUCAGAGGCACGAUUCAGUUCGAGAGCUAUCCCGACUCUAUCAUCGUCGACAGUCAAGCUUCAGAUCCUUCCAUGCCACAAAUGCCCGGAGAAAUGUCUCAGGAAGGCUAUGUGAUAGCUGUCGUAAGACGUGAGAAGGACGGCGCAGUUGAGAAGAUUGUCGAGUACCAACGUUGGGAUGUCGAUCCUGCGGACAACCAGUAUCAUAAAGACUACCUGAGUCUCCCCGAUUCUGACAUGUCAAGAGCUCAGAUGGCACUACGAGAAGCUACUACUUCGACUAAUUUGAGCCUACCAUCUGUUGGCAAAGCACUUAGUCUGCGCCGGCUCUAUCUCCAUCAAGCGACACCAGACGAGACCGCAACAGAAGUCAAGCGCAACAAUGACGAAGACAAGCUGAUUGAUCGUUUCUCCACUAUCCAGACCAAAGUUCUGCUAUUUGCAAGCGACUCUAUCUGGUGGCUUGUUCGAAAUCCUCUGGUCGUGCAGCUCGAGACACGGUUAAGUGCUGCCGUAAAUACUGCGGACGAUGCGUUUACCGUACAGCGUACUCAGGUGCAAGCUGUUAUCAACAGCAUUCGUGCUUCUCUGCUGCUGUUGAUUGAUCUUAUCCUCAAAACAAAUCAAGGCGCCAUCGCUUCUGAGACCGACAAGCGCGCGACUCACGAUGCUCUUGUAGAGGGAGAGAUAGAUCCCCGCAUCAUCUUAUCUAUCAUACCGGUCUUGUCGGAUGAGGUUGUCGAAGGUCCACAAGGCCUCUGGAUUCCUGGUGGUCUCAAGAAUGCCAUUGAUCAAUUCAAGGCCCAGUACCAUGCAGAUACCAUCAACCAAGAUCCACAAGGCUUUGGCAGUGUUGCAGAUGAGAAGCAAGUUUUUCAUACUGUGGACGCUGCGUUGUUGUCUCUGCUCCUGAUGCUCGACAGUAACACCUUCCCCGGACCAGCGAUACCAGGAUCAAUACGCGCCGAACUCAACGAUGUGGUCGACCAAGGCGUUGAGUGCUUCGAUCGUGCAGUUGAACUUCUUGAACAACACAAGCGCCUCUACGUUCUCUCUCGUCUUUAUCAAAGUCGCCGCAUGGUAGGUCAAGUUCUGUCGACCUGGCGCCGUAUACUCGAGUCAUCUGAAGACAUGGGAGGAGAGUUGAUCGACGGUGAACUCGACGUCCGCAAAUAUGUCACCAGGAUUAAAGACAUCGAACUUGUCAAAGAUUAUGGUACUUGGCUCGCGAAUCGCAACCCUUCGCUCGGUGUUCAAAUUUUUGCAGAUGAGAAUGCGAGAGUGAGGUUUACGCCUGCCGAAGCUGUUGACCUUCUGAAGGAACGCGCACCAGCUGCUGUCAAGGAUUACUUGGAACACCUCGUUUUUGGCAAGAAUCAAAAUCAAUAUGCCAACGACCUCAUAUAUUUCUAUCUCGACACCGUCACCAAGGCUAUCUCGGACCCUUCAACGUCUGCACGGGACAUACUUCUUACGAGCUAUCACACUUACCGGGCCUUGUUCCCGCCAAAGCCGACGUACAGUCAAUUCAUCCUUGACAAUAGUCUUCCAGACACAUGGUGGCAGAACCGACUUCGACUUCUUCAGCUCAUUGGUGGUUCAUCGGUUUACGAUGUGGAAGCUCUUAGCGGCAGACUAGAGCCUUACUCAGAAGUCUUCGUACCCGAGAUGAUCGUUCUCGCUGCUAGACGAGAUGAGCAUCAGAAAGCUCUAAGACUGCUCGUCCAUGGCUUAGCAGACUUCGACACCGCUGUGCGGUAUUGCCUCCUCGGUGGUAGCAGCAUCUUCCACCCUGCUUCAUCUUCGUCCACUCUUCCUUCACCAUCAAAAGAAGAACAGCAGAUUCUUUUCUCACAUCUGCUACAUUGUUAUCUUGGUCUCGAAGACAAAAACCAGAUACUCGAGAGAGUUGCAGAGCUUCUUGAGAGAUUUGGGAGCUGGUUUGAUGUUGCCGAAGUUCUGCCUUUACUCUCACCAUCAUGGCCACUCGAGCACUUUGGCACGUUCAUCGCAAGUGCCAUGGGCAGACUUGUGUCUGAAAGGAAUGAGACUGUCAUAGUAAGAGCGCUUGCUGGUGCACAGAAUCUCAGAAUCGCUGUUGAUGUGGUGGAAAAGAUUGAGAAAGAAGGGGCCACAUGGGAGAGUGUCAAGAAAGACAGUGGUGUUGCCUAG